UCGCACUCUAUCAUUAGUCCUUCCUCUUGCCUCCUCCUUUCACCUCACCCACCCACACAAGAGAUCCAUCCAUGGCUCUUGUACGCCAGCGCCGCCAGCUACCGCACCUCACCCUCCCCCUCGACCACUUCGCGCUGCGCCCGCCGCCCGCGCCCGCGCCGACCGUCGCGGCGUCCACCUCCUCCGAGGCCGCCGGCCUCCGCCUCUCCGACUUCGAGCGGAUCUCACUCCUCGGCCAGGGCAACGGCGGCACCGUCUACAAGGCGCGCCACCGUCGCGCCGCCGCGCAGCCCCCAGUCGCGCUCAAGCUCUUCGUCGCCGGCGACCCCUCCGCCGCCCGCGAGGCCGAGAUACUCAGGCUCGCCGCGGACGCGCCGCACGUCGUGCGCCUCCACGCGGUGGUCCCGUCGUCGUCCCCCGCGGCCGGGGCGGAGCAGCCGCCGCCCGCCGCGCUGGCGCUCGAGCUCCUGCCGGGCGGUUCCCUCGCGGGGCUUCUCCGCAGGCUGGGCCGGUCGAUGGGGGAGCGGCCCAUCGCCGCCGUGGCCCGGCAGGCGCUCCUGGGCCUCGACGCCCUGCACGCGCUCCGCGUCGUGCACCGCGACCUCAAGCCCUCCAACCUCCUCCUCGGCUCCCACGGCGAGGUCAAGAUCGCCGACUUCGGGGCCGGCAAGGUGCUCAGGCGCCGGCUCGACCCCUGCGCGUCCUACGUCGGCACGGCCGCCUACAUGUCCCCCGAGCGGUUCGACCCGGAGGCCUACUCCGGCGACUACGACCCGUACGCCGCCGACGUCUGGAGCCUCGGGCUGGCGAUCCUCGAGCUGUACCUGGGCCACUUCCCGCUCCUCCCCGCGGGGCAGCGCCCGGACUGGGCCGCGCUCAUGUGCGCCAUAUGCUUCGGCGACGCGCCCGAGGCGCCCGCCGCGGCGUCGGAGGAGUUCAGGGACUUCGUCGCGCGGUGCCUCGAGAAGAAGGCCGGGCAGCGCGCGUCCGUGGCCGAGCUGCUCGAGCACCCGUUCAUCGCCGAGCGCGACGCGGAGGAGGCGAAGCGCGCCCUCGCCGCGCUCGUCGCGGAGGCGGAGCUCGGGGACUUGUAGGCGAAACGACCCGCCCCGGUUAAUUAGGAGAUCUUUAGGAACCAAUCCGAGCUGAUGUGUACAUAAUAUUCGCCACGGGGAGGAAUAACCUGUCCCAUGUGGCGUUUGCCUUUUUUUCACUUUUCUUUUCGGCAUCCAUGGAUUCGUUCGUUUUUAGUUGGCUUCUUUUUGUCAAUUGCAAGAGACAAUUUUGUGGAAUGAAAUCAUCAAGAGGAGUGACAAGGAAUUAAUGGAA